CUGCGGUUCAUUUUACACUUUUCUAAAUAUUCAAGAUCGCGUGUGACGUUAUGUGUGCGUUUUCUUGGAUUUGAUACAAACAUGAUGGUGUCGUGAGAGAUUAUUUGAAAAUGGAUACAGACGUCAUCUGUCCUGAGUUAGAAGUUUCAAAGAAGGAGCCAUCUAAUAAUGAGAAUGGGGGAGUCAUGCAGGAAGAAGAAGCCGGGCGUAACCAUGGAGACGGGAGUUAUGACAACACAACAUGCUGCCAUGAUGGCAAAGACUCCGACAGCGUAGGAGUCGGUCAAGCGAUUAUGUCUAUGAGGGAACGGGUGUACGUGGCAUUUAAGAGGAAGGAGAAAGUUGUGAACACCGGAACAGCGUUACUAGUUAUUCUCCUCUAUUUUGCUUAUAUCGCUUAUGCGUUUUAUUAUAGGUUUGGUGACGAAGGUUCGUGGCGUCUGCUCGGGGUUACCGCCUUUAUCGUACUGUAUAUCACGUGGUCCAGGCUGCACGGGGUCUACGGGGAACAGAUGAACGCCUGGUGGAAAAGGGGCCGUGGAUUCAGGAAUUCGGUUACUGCCAGGAGAAGUAGGCUUGUGAUAACUUGGGUAUUACGGAUCGCUGUGUUCGCGUUUCUGGUCGUGUAUGUGGUGCUGGACAUCGCGAUAGAGCAGCCGGAGAAUCUGGUGUCCGUGGCGGGGCUCGUUAUUUUCUUACUGAUCUUCUACUUGACAUCCGUCAAUCCCGCUAUGGUGAACUGGCACACGGUUUUCUGGGGAAUCGCCCUUCAGUACUUGUUUGCCCUGCUCAUUCUGCGGACAACCUGGGGCUACAACAUGUUCAAAUGGCUGGGGGACAGAGUCACCGAAUUCUUAAACCAUGCAAUGGCCGGUGUCCUGUUUGCAUUUGGUACAUCGUAUGAAGACCACUUCUUUGCAAUGAAAGUUUCUUCCAUCGUGGCCUUCUUCUUCACUGUGAUUAACAUCCUUUACUAUCUGGGGGUGAUGCAGGCGGUGAUCAGGGUCCUGGGGCGGUCCCUGUCAUUCUGUAUGGGAACCACGCCCGGAGAAUCCAUCAGUGCCGCGGCUAACAUAUUCCUCGGAAUGACGGAUGGUCCCAUGAUGCUCCGUCCCCUUCUGAAGAACAUGACGAAAUCAGAGCUGCAUGCCAUCAUGGUUGGAGGGUUUGCUACCAUUGCGGGGAGUGUCCUAGGGGCAUAUAUUACAUUUGGGGUUCCGGCGAACCACCUGUUGUCCGCCAGUGUUAUGAGUGCGCCGGCGGCCCUUGCCGUUGCCAAGCUUUCUUACCCGGAAAUGGAGAAAACCAAAGCUUCUCACACCGACUAUGCGAGUCUGGAAAAAGGUCCAGAACACAACAUAAUAGAAGCGGCGUCAAAUGGUGCCACAGCCAGCCUUAAAAUGAUCGGCUCUAUUUUAGUCAACGUGAUCGCCUUCCUGUCGUUACUUGCUUUUCUAAACGCGAUGUUGGCGUGGAUUGGUUACAGGGUUGGGAUUCAUGACCCAGAUCUCAGUUUUGAGCUGAUAUGUUCCUACGUGUUGUUUCCUGUGUCAUUCUUCAUGGGUGUUGAAACAUCUGACUGCAGGAAGGUUGCGGAGUUAGUAGGUGUCAAAACGUUUACGAACGAGUUUAUUGCGUACAGUAAAUUGAAGGUCCUUAUUGCCAACAGAAAAGCUCUUACUAACUACACAGAUGUAUACAACGCCACAGACUGGUACUGGAACAACAACGACAUUAUCCUUAAUACUACUGGACAAGUAUUGGACGGAGGCAUUAUCUCGGAGAAGUCCGAGAUCAUAUCCACCUACGCCCUUUGUGGUUUCGCCAACUUUGGUUCCAUCGGAAUCACACUGGGUGGAUUUGGAGCACUGGCCCCAACCCGCAGACCGGAAUUGACAAAGAUGGUGAUGCGGGCCAUGAUUUGCGGAAAUGUGGCGUGCUUCCUUACCGCUUGCAUAGCUGGUCUGUUGUACAAACCGGUGUAAGAUGUAGGAAGUCAUUUUAGCAGCAGCAGCAGCAGCAGCAGCAGCACCACCACCACCACCACCACCACCACAAACAGAAGCAGCAGCAGUAGCAGCAGUAGCAACACUAGGAGUUGCACCACCACCAAUUAUAUUUUCAUUAUUAUCACUAAUGUUCAAUGCCAGAAUGGUUCGUAACAUCUUUGAAGAAUAAGAAUGUCUGUUUCUUUUUUUGCGGCGGGAGUUACUUCUCCCCCUGUAUUGACUUAAGCAUAUUGCGCUCAUCGUUAUAAACACAAAACAAAUAUAAAAUAUGCCUGAAAGAACAAAUAAUAAUUUUGCAAUAUAUUAUUUACAAACAAAUUAUACAAUGCUGUGAAAAACUAAAGCUAAUUUAACAGAACUGUAUGUGACGAAGUCUUUACGGGUGAUUUUAUAUACUUAAGUCUCUUAUUUAAAAAGUUUUGAUACAAAAUUAGCUAAUCUUAUUAACAGAGGUUUAGGAAUUACGAUCCUUAUGGACCAAAGCAUUACUCUAUCAUAUUGGGUUACAUACAACUAAAUAUAUGCGAUAUUCAUCGACUGGAUUGUGUGUACCAUAGUAUUGGCUACUGUUUUAUAUGUGUAUAUAUGUACAUAUAAUCUGAAAUAUAUGUUCAAGAAAAUGUUUAUAAAACAACAACUCGAAUAAAUAUUAUUUUAACAAUAACCGUUUUGAAAACGUGACAGCUACUGUUUUUACCGAAUAUCUUAUCUUGUGAAAAUUAUGUCUGCUUUUGCUUAAAUGAUACAAAUGGCAGUCUAUAUCGCUUAAAGAGUCCCGCCUUCGUUUUAUUACCGGAGUUUGAUAAGGUGUUUAGUUUCACCAAACACUUCUGCAAACCUGUUUCCAAAUAAUGUGCUGACAGUGCUGGUUCA